AGUUCCCAGCAGAUGGAAUAUCCUGAGGGAUAUAUCUUGGGAAGUUUGAAGCACAAAACAAGCCUCAUUUUUGCCUUGUGAAAUACAAGCAUAUCUGCUGCAAGCCAGCUGUUUCCCGAGUCAAUGAAAUAUGUGUGGUUUUGGGAGAAAAACUUUUAGAACAACUUAGGAUCCACAAGGCUCAAGUCCAGCUCCUGGCCCUGCACAGGACACCCCAACAGUCCCACCCUGCACCUGAGGGCGUUGUCCAAACACUCUUGGGGAUCUGAUAGGUUUGGGGCCGUGACCGCUGCCCUGGGGAGCCUGUUCAGUGCCCGACCACCCUCUGGGGGCAGAACUUUUCCCUGAUAUCCAGCCUAAACUUCCCCCGGCACAGCUCCACGACGUUUCCUCCUCCCGUCCACCGGCCGGGGUUUCCCGCCGGCGCCGCCCCUCAGCCUCCUCCCACCUCCCCUCAGGGCCGGCCCCGCCUCCCCUCAGAGCUGUCCCGCCGCGAUGUUCCGCGGCCGCCGUGCCUGGUUCUCGCAGAGCGUCAGCCCGGGCCCGCGGGGGCUCUGGGUGGCCGGUGGAGGGGCACUGACCGACUGGCUGGAUGCCGAGUACCUCUUCAGCAGCGACGCCACCCACCCUGACACCCGCAGCAUACACAAGAGUCUCAGAUACUUGGAGGGCAGAGCCACAGUCUUUCACUCCCGUUAUCUCUCAGCAUGUGACUGCGCUGGCACCUCGGAGAAGCCUUCAGUGGUUCUGGGCCACUUUGUCCUGCCCCCUGCCUGCCUGCAAGAAGAAAUCAGAAAGAAAAUUGGCUGUUUUAUUUGGGAGCAGGUGGAUGUCCUUGAAGAAAAGCCCAACGGAAAUCCAACAGAGGAACCGGAGGCAGCAAGAAAUGGCUGUGAGGAAGAUCCAGAGGGGGAAGCGCUAGACACGGACAAGAGCGAAGAAACAGACUCUGAAGCACCUUCCCAGGGAGGAUUUCCAUACCGCGCCCUCCAGGAAUACCCAAUAAAUAACAUGGUGACAGGCUACACCUCUGCCCAGGACAUGAAGAAAUACGAAGGGGAGCUCCACGACUUCAUCCCUGGCACGUCAGGCUAUGAGGCCUACUGGGUUCAAACCAAAAUUAGCAUUUACUGUGAGAGGAAGACCAAAAUGAAGAGGAAAUUGUAACAAAUAGGUGUAUGGAGCAGUAAAAACUUCCUAAUUUAAGAGCUACCAGAGAGGAUUUAUAAAUUAUCCGACUGCAGCUCAACAUGUUCAAUGUGUAUUUAAACACUGGCUAAAUCUACUGCAAAUAUUUUCUCCUUUAAGUAGCUACUUAAA